CUACACACACAAUCAUUAUUUGAGUGGAUUAUCAAAAGAUGAGGGGCAACCAAAGGCAGAAAGAAGGAGAGAGGAACAUUGAAUAUGCAGGAAGUGGGAGCGCCGUUUCGUGGUGAUUGGUCGGGGCAGUUCCACGGCUAGAUUUAUGGCACGCAGCUGUUGAGCGUCUGACAGACGUCCGAGAACUGUGCUGCUGCUGCUGCUACUCCUGUUGCUGCUGCCUCUGGUACACACAAGCUCUGGUAACUGCACAGGAGCUGUGAGGACACUGCGCUCCAGCACACAACGAUGGUCCGGGAGCAGUAUGUUGCCACCACGCAGGGCCCCGAUGUGGCGCCGGUGGUCGACCACAUCUACAAGAUCGGCAUCUAUGGCUGGAGGAAGCGCUGCCUCUACCUGUUUGUCCUCUUGCUCCUCAUCAUCCUGGUGGUCAACUUUGCUCUGACCAUCUGGAUCCUCAGGGUCAUGUGGUUCAACACGGAGGGGAUGGGAUACCUGAAAGUAACAUCCGAUGGGGUGCGGCUGGAGGAUGGGGAGUCUGAGUUCCUCUUUCCCCUGUAUGCCCAAGAAAUCCACUCUAGAGAGGACUCGUCUCUUUUAGUGCACUCAUCGGAAAAUGUUUCUCUCAAUGCCCGCAAUGACAAUGGAGAUGUUACAGGAAGCCUUUCUGUGGGACCAGGUGAGGCACAUGGACACACACCACAUUUGGUUGUCACCUCCAACAACGACAGGAUGUUGUUUUCUGCUGAUGCCAAAGAGGUCGUGGUCGGGACUGAAAAGCUACGUGUCACAGGUCCAGAGGGGGCUUUGUUCCAACACUCUGUGGAGACGCCCCUACUGAAAUCUGAGCCUCUUAAAGAUUUGCUAAUGGAGUCUCCAACACGGUUUCUCAGCAUGGACGCACCAAAGGGGGUUAAUAUCAAAGCUCUGGCAGGAAACAUUGAGGCUGCUUCCAACAUGGAUGUUCUGCUGGACUCUAGUGAAGGACUGCUGAUAUUGGAGGCCGAGACCGUCCGCAUGCCGAGGCUUCCCACAUUUGAAGGAGGGGUGUCUGGAAACGCUCAGGGGCUCUAUGAAGUAUGUGUCUGUCCCAGCGGCAAGCUGUUCCUCUCCAAAGCUGGACUCACCUCUACCUGCAGCGAGAGCCAGGAAUGCUAACUACAGUAUGUGUAUAUUAUACAAAUGCUGAUACACAUACACAAUAUAUACUGUAUAUUGGGUAAGAUUGUCAAAAUAAUCAUCUAAAAGCACAAUAUAUAUGGAGAAAAUUGCCAGGUGACCUGCAGAAGUUUAGCAAUUUGGAAUGGUUGUCAAAAAGGUUUUCAUUUGGUGCAUUUGCAGCCAAUUAACUAUUUACUUAUUGAGCUCAAUACGAAAAUUUGUACCAGUUAAAAGUGGCUUACUCCUACACUGUGGCUGUUAAUACCAGCUUUUUUGCUGUGAUUUUUUUAUAUUUACAGUAUGUUGGCUGGGCAAUGAGGAGCUGGUUAACAGCUUACAUCCUAUGCAAUAUGUUUUUAUUGUGGUGCAAUACAGUAAUUUAGGAACUAUUGUAUGAAUUUGUGUUUAUAUGUAGUGUAUAAUAUUUGUUGGGGGAGACAAGCAUGAUAAGAUAAGUCUAAGUCUGGUUUGAAAAAGUAGAUAUUUUUUGUAAGGACAGCUGAGGCACAAUAUAUUGGAUUUCUAUUUAUGUUUCACCAAUAUUCAAACUAUAUGUAAGGCUGAGUCACUCAUUUCAUCCUGUUGUGACUCAUGCAGAUUGGUAAUUAAAAUGUAUCAUUUUGUGCUGCUGGUCCAUCGACUUUUAAUAAGUUUAACACAUUUUACUGGGUUAAUACAUGGUCCUGCUUAAUAUUACAGUCCUGAUGAAUUUUCCCUGCCAAGGUAGUAGUUAUAGUAAAUGUACGGUGCAACUCCAGCAAUUUGCAGGUUGCUAAACAAAGUAUUAUCAAAUGUAGUUAUGACAUAGUAGCUUAGCCAACAGUUAAUUGUUGUAGAUGACAUUUGGGAAGUGAUAUUUUGACGUGUACAUUUGUUAUUACCUUCUUAUUUUAUAUAUAUUUAUAUAUAU